AUGUCAUAUCGUGGACCAAAUCAAUUCAAUUCUCAAUUUAGAGGAGCAGGAGGAAUACCAGUAGGUGGAGGAGGUAUACCAAAUCAAGGUAUUCCAUCCGGGAUUCCAUCCGGGAUUCCAUCUCAAUCAAAUAAUAUUGGAGCAAUUUCAAAUUCAGGAAAUCCAUUUCAAAAAUUUGAACAAUUUUCUAAAAAUGUUGAAGAUUUAAUUGAUAAUUAUUUUAAACCUUUAAAACCUUAUGUACCAGCAAUUGGUAGAGGAUUUUUAGUGGCAACAUUUUAUGAAGAUACAAUUAGAAUCUUUACACAAUGGUCAGAACAAGUUUAUUAUUUAAAUACUUAUAGAAACUAUUGGCGUUGGUUUACAAUUUUAUUUUUAAUUAAUAAUAUGAUUGUUAUGACUAUAGCUUCAACAAUGGUUGUUAUUAGAAAGAAAGAUAAUAUUGCAACUAUUGCAUUGGUUGCAAUUGUAAUCUUACAAGGUAUUGGAUAUGGAUUAUUAUUUGAUGGUCAAUUCAUAUUAAGAAAUUUAUCGGUUGUUGGAGGAUUAGUAUUAGCUUAUUCAGAUACCAUUGUAAGAGACAAGAGAACUUUAAAUAUGCCUGGUUUACCAAUGCUUGAUAAUCAAGAUUAUAGAAAAUAUUUCCUUUUAGCUGGUAGACUUUUGUUAGUCUUCUUAUUCUUAGGAUUUGUAUUUUCAGCUAAUUGGUCAGUUGGUAGACUUGUAAUCAUUGUUAUUGGUUCAAUUGCUUGUGUUUCCAUUAUUAUUGGUUAUAAGACUAAAUUUGCUGCUGCUGUAACUCUUGUAUUAUUGUUUAUUUAUAAUGUGUUUACCAAUCAAUUUUGGAUUUAUGAAGCACGUGAUGCCAGACGUGAUUUCUUAAGAUAUGAAUUUUUCCAAGUAUUAUCAAUUGUUGGUGGAUUAUUAUUGGUUGUAAAUGCUGGUGCUGGUGAAUUCUCAAUUGAUGAAAAGAAGAAAAUAUAUUAA